AAAUCUCAUCUCAUGUGGGAAUAAAGCUUGGAAGCAUGGAGCCUGUUUGCUUAGGCAUAGUAUUGUCUGGGGACGAGCUUCCACUUACUGUACCUAUUGAAAUUCAAGUGCAAUUUUCAAGAAUGUGUAAUCCUUCUUGUAGGAAAGAUAAUCUUUAUUAGAUCUAUAGCAAUUGUUGGCAACAUUUUGAGUAUUAUUUCAGAUUCUCCAGAACUUUUUCUUUUGGGUGCAAAAAUAAUGCCACAUUGCCCAUUGCACAUUCUUAAGAUGCUAGACACUUUAUGUUCAAAGCAACAAAAGUUCAUCUGGCAGAUUGCGAAACGGCUCCCUACUAUUCUUACGCGCUGAGUGAGGAAAAUGGCUUGAGAUAAAUAGAGGAAAAAUGUUGUACAAAGGGUAUUGUGUCUGGAAGUGCUACAUCUAGAACAGCAGGUCUUUGCUACUUGUCUGUCAUUACUAUAUUAAAAUAAAAUUGUAUUUUAUACCCUUGAGCAGUUUUAGGAACUCUGCUGGUUCUUCAGUCUCAAAUAUCUAAUAAUUACCAUAGUUGGAUGAUGAUAUUUGCACUAUGGUGGUGGAAUUGGCUACAAACGACUGUGGCAAAUCUUAGCUGCUGAAAUCUGUAAACUGGGCAAGUUAAUCCGCUGACUUCUAGAGAAAAAAGGACACAUGGGAGGCUCCUGCUUCUUAUUGUUCCCCUUCUUCAUCAUUUGUUUGUGAGCCCAGCUCCAAGGCUAGACAUAUACCUGUCAGCUAUUUGGAAACACUGGUCUACUGGUCAAGAUGUUUUAGCUUGAUCUCUCAAUAGCAGUUUUUCAGAUAAUAACUAUAUUCUCUGUAGGAUGCUGGCACAUAAGAUCUCCCUGUCCUUCAGGCUGUCUCUUGGCCUCUUCAAUGCUGAUUUCUAAUCCUAGGGUACGUUGGGAACCAGUGUGACGUAGUGGCUUACACAUUGGACUAUUGAUUCGAUUCAUCUACUAGUUAAGCCCUGUGAAUUCUGGAAGCAGCUGGAAAUCCAGAGCACCUCAGUUUAUCUUAGAAAUCAUACUGUUGGUUUAAAGACGAGUCUGUCCAAAUGAGCAAGACAUCACAGGAGAACACGAGUGCAGAGACCAACGGCGUGAGUGUCAUCUUCACCCAGGCGCACACCAGUGGGUUGCAGCAGGUCCCUCAGCUGGUGCCGGUCAGUCCCGGAGGUGGAGGCAAGGCUUCACCUCCCAGCAAGCAGGGCAAGAAGAACUCCGCCAUUGAUCGAGCCAGCGAUGAGUACCGCCAGCGCAGGGAGCGCAACAACAUAGCGGUGAAGAAGAGCCGCUUGAAGAGUAAGCAGAAGGCCCAAGACACCCUGCAGAGGGUCAACCAGCUCAAAGAAGAAAAUGAACGCUUGGAGGCCAAAAUCAAGCUCCUGACGAAGGAGUUGAGCGUCCUCAAAGACUUGUUUCUCGAACACGCUCACAAUUUCACAGACAAUGUGCCGCCCCUUGGCACGGAAAGCCCCGUCACAAACUCAGAUGGCUCUGGGCAGUAGACACACUCCUUCCAGCUCACGGACAGAAUGGUGUGCAAACGGCAUCCUAUAUGCAAGUCAAGACGAUCUUCUCCCAACUUUGUAACAACGAUCAUUUGGUGUGUGUGCGUGCGUGGGUUUUUAAAAAAUGUAGGCUUAACACUGAAGGGUUGAUGCAGGUAAACUGCAGGCUUUUUAAUUUCCAAGUAUUUGUUUUGAACUAUGUGUUAAUGCAUUUUCGAGUCUGGCAUUUUUGAUUUAAGACACAUGUUUGGACAAGCAUCCCCAACAUUUUAAAAAAUAAAACAUGGGAUGCUUCAUUUUACUUAAAUGUCUUCCUGAUUUGAUAAGAUGUGGUGAUAGGGCAGCGAUAACAUUGUUUUCGGGAUUAAAACUUUAAGAUACAGUGGGCUCUUGGUAUCUGCUGGGGUUUGGUUCUGGGACCUCCACAACUCUGUGGGUGCUCAAGCGCCACAAUAAAUAAUGGUGUAGUAAAAUUGUAUUCCUUACUUAAAAAGGCAAAAAGUCAAGGUCUAACCUUGCAGAUUUGUUUUUGGGAAUAUUUUCAAGCUGUGGAUACUGAGAGCUGCAUGAUUGCCAAAGGUGCCAUGUUGAAGACAAUUGGUUUCAUUUUCUUUUGAACAGCUGGCAUGAAAGUAGCAUAAAAGGUCUGAUUAACGUAAGGGGUUGAGUGGGAGAUAGCCUUAAGUUAAAUUGUCACAGGAUUCUUCAGCAGUUAGGAAACAGAUGUCAAAUGUAGUAGUUGGUUAAAAAGCUGUUCUUUUUAUAUUUUAAAAAUUUCAAACACUUAUUUCUUCACCUGUUUUGUUGUUAUUGUGAGAGCUGUUGCGACAACUCAUUUUGAAAUUUAGGGAGGAACCUUUUAAAACAAUUUUAAAUAAUAUAUAGAGGAGCAUUAUGCUCAGUAACAGUGCCUGAGAGAUAGUGAGGAUUGGAUAAGGUUUGGAUUGCUGCAUUCUCUAGGUCUGUUUCCAACAGUAGCCUCACCUGGAUACAUGCUAUAUGUACCAUUUUAAUAACCUCUGAAGUCUGGACAUAGGCCUUCUCGCAGGUAUUGUGGGAAAUUUUCUUGACUUCAGCUGCUACUGCCAAAUAAAUGUGGGGUGAGAUGUCCCCAACAGUUGCUGGUGAGGCUGCCACUCUGCUGGGAUAUGCCGUGGUGAUAUUUUCAGCCCUGGAAAUGAGUCUAAAGCGUCUCCAUCCAUAACCUUAUUGGGAGACUGUGUGAAUUGCUUUCCUUGAGGCCAAUGCUUGAUGGCAUAUGCACAGGUGAAAAGUAUGUUCACAACUGACAGAUAGAUAGAACAGAAGGGCAGCUUCAUGACAAAGGGCUAUAAAGAGUGGCUGCUGUAAACACAGGUAGACCUCUCACCUCCCUGCAAUGACUUUUACACCCUUAAUGCUGUAAUUAUGUGUUGGAGCUGAUGGUAAAAGGCAUGUCUUGUGAAGGGCCGUUGGAUGUUUAUUGGGUGUUUACUGCAUGUCUCCUCCAGCCAUUCAAAUUAGCUGUUAUUUUAUCUUGCAGCUUACAGAAACUUAAAAUAAGUCGGGGUGUUCUUUUCAAAAAGCCAUCCUCCUGAUUUGAAUAAACAAAACCAGCUCUUGCCUCUUUUGACAUUCCUCUGGGGAAACAAGGUAGCUCUGUGAUACUUUUCAAAUGCUGGUGACAAGCCCCUUAUACCUUGCGGGGUAUAGGGAAUUGAACCAACUAGAGCAGGGAAGUCAUUGUACUCAUUUUAAUUUAUUUUUUCUCUUUCAGAAUAUUUUCAUAAUAGUAUGUUUGCCUAUGACUGACUGGACUAGUGAAAAUGACUUUUAUACCUCCUUGCAGUCACUGUGUUUGUAUAUGUAUUUAGAAAGAUUGGGUUGAGAACUUGGCAACAGCGAUAGAAAAUAAUUAAAAAUACCUUACAAAAUCA